ACAAUGAAUGAGGCUUAAGACUCGUGACAGUCACCGCCUCCCACCGUCGUCGUCUAUCAUUGAAAGAGUGGAUACUCGCGACGCUGUGCGAUUGUUGACAUUUUACUUCGGAUGUCAAUGUAAAUUCGGCUGACGCUGUCUCCGUUCGGAGACUCGAUUCAUUGGGUUGCCAAUUGGUUACCCUUCGAUUCAUUCAACAUCAUGAGCUCGUCAUUAUCUGUGAGUAAUGCUGGAUCACCGGCUACUGCCACUGGUAUGGAGACAGUAGUAGCGGUCGCCUUAGGUGCGCUCGCUGCAGUCUUCCUCGGCGCACUUUUAGUACUCUUGGUCAUCUGCCGCAGACAACGUUGCUACUACAAUCAGAAGGACUCCGCGGAAUUGAGCUCUGAUUUGCUUGAGAGAGAAAUAUUACGUGGUUUGGGAUUAGACGUCUGGGAAAGCGAAGAAUGGCUGGCGGGUGCUGAAAGAUGGGUGGACGAUGCUACUGGUCUAGCUCCACCGUGUAUAGCAGUGCUUCGAUCCUGCCAUGCUCUCGCAGCCAGUCUCACUACUAUCGCUGGAACAGUCAACAGUAAUACUGUCCCACUGGAAAUAGUAGAUGUUGCCCGACGUAUCCCACCUCGUGUAGAUGAUGUCGUUCGCAGUCUCUAUCCACCAUUGGAUGCUAGAUUAUUGGAAGCUAGGGUAGCAGCUUUGGUGUUGGCUGUAACCCAUUUGGCACUAGUGACCAAACACGGUGUACCCAAGAGUCAAGCUAGGAAACUGGCGUUCAUCGAUCAAGCUCUAAACGAUAUGGAUACACAUUUGCUGGUGCUGAGAAACGCAGCGCUGGCCCAAGAAAUGGCCUGCUCUAUUCCGGCUUCAACACCAGUCUGAGUAUAUGCCGAUCUCGCGAUGGAUUAGAAUCUCUCAGUAUUUGUAAUUAUCGGAUUAUCUGUAACUUUUCGCAGCUUUGUCUUAUAACGUCGUCAUGACAGCAAUGAAAGCUGUAUAUAAUACGGUCGCUAGAUUCAUAAACAUAGAUUGAGAGUAUAUCAAAUCAUGUAUAGAAUGGCAAACACAUAAGAAUAUAGAUUACUGAUCUCAAGAUACAAAAAUGAACAAAAAUUCAAGAGUACUAAUGAAAAAAAUCUCGUCAGCGCUUUAUGUCAAUUAUCAUGACUAGAAAAGAAAUGCAAAUUAUAGAUAUAUAGAUUUUAUAUAUAAAUAAGAGAUAUAUUUUAAUAAUUGUUUUAAAACGCGAUGAAAAUUCGCCAAAAACAUCUCUUAAUAUUGUGUAAUAUACAGAGAUAUACGAAAAUGACGUCUUCCAUAUUAUAUUAUCAUAAUUAUUUAUAUACGUACACGGAUAAAAAUGUAUUUUGGAAUUAUAUAAUCGAUCGUACCUGCGAUUAUGUUUGUACACAUAAUAUUUUAUAUUUCUGAAGAUAAUCAAAUGGUUUUAUAGAUUAAUAGGAAUUUAUAAUAAAGUUAAUCAUCAAAGAGAAA